ACAGGGGAGAAGCGAUCGAUCUGAAAUCGAUAUUUUUAUCAUUUCAUGUCGUAUUUUCUCACUUUUUUUGCUAGCGAUUGGAGAAGUUAUGUUUUUUGCUGGCGUAAUAGCGUGACUCGCGUCAAAUUAGUGUUUAUUAUUUGAACGGAGAUGUGCCCGAAUGUCUCGGGUGAUCCUUGACUACAAGGCCGCUGCGCCUCCGCUCUCAGCUGCUUCGGCUUCCAUUGGGAGUUCAAGUCCAGUUGGCUCUUUGUCGUCGGAAGAUCAUGACUUUGACCCGACUGCAGAGAUGCUAGUUCACGAGUACGACGAUGAGAGGACCCUGGAGGAGGAGGAGUCUCUGGAAGGGGGAGGCAAUUUCAGCUCUGAGAUUGCGGAUCUGGAGAAGGAAGGGAACAUGCCGCUGGAGGAGCUGCUGGCUAUCUAUCGCUACGAUGCCUCGGCUGGUUCCAGUAUAGACAGCUCCUCUGGCGACCUCACCGACGAGCUGCCCGACAUGACUUUGGACAAAGAGGAAAUUGCUAAAGACUUGUUGUCUGGCGACUACGAGGAGGAGACCCAAUCAUCAGCGGAUGACCUCACCCCUUCGGUCACCUCCCACGAGGCCACCGAUUUCUUCCCCAGAACACUUCGAUCCAACGCUGUCUCUGACGGGGAUAAAGACUCGGAGUGUGACGAUGAUGGUCCAAGUCCAGAAGACUCGAGAAAGGAAAUAAUGGUGGGCGAUGAGUACCAAGCACAGGUUCCUUUGACAAUCUGCUACUACAUAGAAGGAGAGAAAGUGUACGAAGAUAAAGACGAGCUCAUGUGGAGCCCGGGUGCGCUGCCAGAGAGCAAGGUCAGGAGCUUCCUGACCGACGUGAUGUCACGGACGACGGACGAGAAGACGACGCACGACAAACCGCAUGUUCGAGACAACGAACAGGCUUUGCUUGAGCUCGUCAAGUGCAACUACAACACGCACGAGGCGCUCGAACAAUACUGUAGCCACCUCAAGUCCUCGAAAGAAAAAUGUCCCCCGUGGUCUGAAGAGGAGUGCAAGAACUUUGAACAUGCUCUGCAGAUGUAUGACAAGAACUUUCACCUCAUCCAGAAACACAAAGUGACAACGCGAACGGUAGCAGAAUGCGUGGCGUUUUACUACAUGUGGAAGAAGUCGGAGCGUUUCGACUUCUUCGUGCAGCAGAAUCGCUUCGGCAAGAAAAAGUACAGCAGCUAUCCCGGCGUGACAGACCUUAUGGACAGGCUCGUGGACGAAGCCGAGGGUUUGGCCGUGGACAGUUCGUCGUCCAUGUGCUCGGGAGGCAGCGGCGGCGGCGGCGGAGGAAGGAUGGAAAGCACGACGGAUCAACAGCUCAGCCUGCUCAACUCCAUCACGGCCAGUGACCUCACAGCUCUGAGCAACAGCGUAGCGACUGUGUGCAGCCCGGCCGAGGUGACGUGUCUGGACUCGUACAGCUUCCCCCCACUGGACAGCCUCCACCGCGCCUCCCUCAACCACGACGAGUCGCUGGGCUUCCCGUCGGGAGGCGGGGACGCCGACUGCCUCAACAUGCUGGACGCCGGCUUCUACCAUUCUGAGCUGGGCCAGCUGAGCGGCGUGUGCGUCGCCAAGGACUGCGAGCGACCCUCCAAGAGACUCAAGAUGGCGCUGCCGGACUCGUUCAUGGGCGACGUAUCCGUGAGCAACCUCGGCGUAGACUUUGAAGCACGCCGGACCACGCCGCACCACCACCGGAUAACCGGUGCCAAAAUGGCCGUGUCGGUCACGGACUUCGGCGAGCCCAACGCUUUUUUGGGAGGGCACUCUCGCCACCACUCACAACACACCGCAGCACUUCAGUCCGACUGAUCUUCCUUGUCCUCUUCCUUCAUUCUUCCUUUUUUUUUGCGUGUACAUAAAAGACUGACCUCACAUCAUAUAUAUGUACAGAAAUAUAAUUUUGUUUCAUUUUUUUUGUGUACUAUGACAUCAGUGAUGUCUCAUAUCUAAAAGAUCUAAAAAUCUUGAUUUCUCUCAAGACUUUAUAAUAGCCAUUUUAUUUGUUUGUCGCCGUGGUAACGUCCAUGUACAGUUUGAUCAACAGCGGCCUGCCAGUUUUCUUUUCUGGUGCCAAAAUCAUAUUUCGAAGGUGCUUAUUUAAAGUGGUACUUUUUUUUUUUUUUAUAAAUCAGUGUUUGGUUUACAGGUACGUUGCAGUAAGCAUGUUGCUAGCUUUUUAUUUUCUUCUGAUUUGGGUGUACCUAUUGUGACUCAGAGGUACUACAUCAGAGGUGUCAAACUCAUUUUCGUAGUUAUGGUUUAGAGGCCUGUUACACACAUUGUUGGCCCUGCUUUUGAUCAUAUUUAAAAAAAAAAAAAAAAUGUUAAUUUGUUCUAAGUGAAGGCAAUUUAAAAUUUUGGACAGAUUUUCUGCCAAAAUGAAAAAUUCUCAAGAAACACCAAGUAAAGUACUUGCCUUUGUGGGCCACAUAAAAUGACGAGGUGGGCGGGAUCUGGCUCCUGGGCCUUGAGUUUGAGGACCCAACGUAAUCACCCAUCCAUCCAUUUUCUGAGCCGCUUCUCCUCACUAGGGCAGGAGGCGGGGUACACCCUGAACUGGUCGCCAGCCAAUCGCAGGGCACAUACAACCAUUUGCACUCACAUUCACAGGAAACCGGAGUGCCCGGAGAAAACCCACGCAGGCACGGGGAGAACAUGCAAACUCCACACGGGCGGGGCCGGGGAUUGAUUGUGAGGCAGACGCUCUAACCGACGUAAUCAGCAAAUGACAAAACAAAACCAUUUAACUGUCCAACUCGCAGACUAAAGUCACAAAAGGCUCACAUAUAACAUUGUAGUUGAAAAGAAAUGCAGAAUUUAUCCAACUUUGUCCACAAUGUGAUGUGUAACCCUGGUUGUUAACGUGCCAAUUAUGUUGGCGUAAAGUCUGCUUUUUUGCGUCGUAUGAACGUUCAAAUUGGCCACCUGGAGCACUCAUCCAGUUAAAUUCCUUGUUUUCGUCAAAUGUGUUCAUUGUUUGAUGAAAAAUUGUCAGAUUUUGGCGACAUCUUUAUUUUGUUUCUCCAAUUAAUGAUUGCUAAUCACAGAGUUAGCAAUGUUAGCGAAAGUUUAAUUGGAGCACUUGUAAUGGUUAAACACCACUUGUAGGUUUGUUUGUUUUUUUCAUUUUGGGUCCAUUUGCAAUUUUGGUCAUUUCGCAAUUUCUUGCUCUUUUGAUUCCCUGAGUAACCCUGGUUGUUAAUCCCAUUGUAAUCACAGUAAUAAGUAUCAUUUAAAUGUGUUAAUUGGCUAAGUGGAGCACUCUUAUUGGAUCAAAUUAAGAUGAACAUUCACCUGGCGACUAAUUGGCCGUCAUGGACUGAAACUCAACUCGAACUCAUCGCUGAAGAAAUUUUGGCCACCACCUCGCUGUUACUGACAUGUUUAGAGAUGUUCGCGUUUAAAAAACAAACAAACAAAAAAACUUUUUCGCACGUUUUCGUUUUGUUGUUAAUUUCACACUCCAACUUGAUUCCAUGCCCCCCCCCCCCUUGUCGCAAUGUUAGCGUAAAGCCAAAAACUAAUUGUAAACGACAGCAUUGCUCGUUCACAAGUGUUUUCCAGUUGCAACAAUUGGCAUCUUGCCGAUACUUAAAUUUCUGUUGAUCCGGUCAUGUCGGAAUUCUGAUUUUGUGUGCAUGUAGUGUUUUCUAAGAACUUCAGUAUUUGAUGCCCGCACAACUAUGUAUGUGUGCGUGUUGGCUGUGUAGCAGGGGGAGGGGGGGGGGGGGGGGGGGUUGUCAUACCGUAUUAUAUUUUAGCGAGGAGGUCUUCAUGCAUCUAUGCAUUGUGUGACACGUAAGGUUCAUUUCAGGGGCUGUACAUGACAUGGUGUUUGUGUGUGUUUGCAGUGUACACGCACUCAGAUCAACUCAUUCACGCUGUCCAUGGCAUCGUUGAUGUAAAUAUGAAUUAGCAAGUAGCCUUUAAAAAGUCGAAUGACCUGACCUCUAUUUGUCAAUCUGUGUGCAUACAAAGCUUAUUAUUCUGUUUGUUUUUAAAAUGGCCAUCCGUUGUAGAUAUGUACAGAAUUUAGAGGUUUUUGCCUUGUACUGGUUGACUUGGGAUUGUUUAACUUUUUUUUUUUUUCUUUUUUUUUUUUUUUUGAUUAGAUACAUUGGAACACAAUCCGUGAAGGUUUCGAAACCACGUAAACUGAAAUUGAGCCGUCACAGGGUCAAACUCGUUUUUUUUUUUUUUUUUUAUGCAAUGCUUUGGCUAUUACAAAUAUGUCUGGCUCUGUGCUUAUAUUCAUUUGGCGUCAUGGAAAAAGCCCAAGAAAAAGCUAAAAAUUAUAUGCUCACAAUUUUGUGAGGCUUUUUUUUUCUCUCCCCCCCCCACAUGCAAAAAGUUGGACUCCAAAUUGAUUUGCUUUUAGGGCAUUCACCUUCAUGGCUUCCACUGUGUUAUGGUUCUUUGCUCCCUACCGUUAAGUGAAGACGCUCAGAUGGGCUUUGCCCAUGCUUGCCGACCGCCCCAGACUGAAAAAUGCCACGUCAAUUAUUCUGAUUAUUAGCGUUAUCGUAAAAAGAGAAAAACUCUUCCCUAUAUUUGUCUCGAUGGUAAAGGGAUGGCUGCUGCUCUUUGGGGAGAUGUUUUGUACUUUUGUUGGUUUUUGUUUUGUUUUGUCCAAGAAAAUGCAGUAGGUGGUGACUAGCGGUGCAGUGCUAUUUAUUAUUUCACUCUGUGGUUUGUACAAACACUUGUCGGAAUGUAAAAGGCCAUUUUAGAAGUGGUAGGUUCAAGUAUUUUUUUUUUUCUUUCGCCACCCUGUGAACUCUGGAAAAAUGUGAUAUUUUAUUGAUGUGCAAGUGUGUGUGUGAGAGCGUGGAAGAAAGCACUAAGCAAAUUUAAUUGUAUAUUUUUGGUUGUUUUUUAAAGUCAUUUUGCAGGAAAAAAACAUUUAAAAAAAAAAAUACUAAAUACCUUUGUGAAUAAAAACCCCUACAGAAAAACUAUAUAUCCAGAAUUCUAGACAAUCAAAAAGGCAUCACUAUAGAGAAAUGUUCCAGAACAGAAGUUAUCUUUGUUUAUAAGAAUUGUACAUUGACAUUCAGUUUGUUUGUUUUUUCUCUCUUCUCUGCAUUUGUUAAACAUUCUUUUGUAUUUUUUGUUGUUUAAUACCUUGUGUACAGAUCCAGAAAUAAAAGCUCUGGAAAAUGA